CAACCGCGGCGGGGCCCGAAGGGGAGUCCCAAAGGCGAGGUGCAGCAAGCGGGACCAGAGCAGGCGCCUCUUCCUCGGGCUCAAGGGCGAUGAGCGAGAGGGAGAAGCAGGAGGAGAAGGAGGAGGAGGAGAAGCCAAGCCUGAGGCUGGAGGCUGCAAUCCAGAAACUAGAAGACACCAUCCUGCAUCCUAGAGCAAGCCAAGAUGACAAAGCAUUGACAGUGCGAGGGGAAGGAGAGAGAGCUGCACCCACAACUGUCCCAGCCAGGAUUCGACAGAUCAUCACACAGAGUUUGUCUGAACCAUUGUCUCAAGGUUUGUCAGGAGCAGCCCUUCCAGUCAAUAUGCAAGAAGAAAAUCGCCUGCUUCAGAAAGAGCUGUCACGCCUUGAGGACCUGUUGGCACAAACCCGUGCAGAGAAAGAUGAGCUGGCUAGCAAAUACCAGGCCGUUAAUGAUAGAAUGGAGCAAGCAUUGCGAGGAGAGAUAGAGGGAAGCGCAAUGUCCCUGCAGAUUAUGCAUCAGUUCAAAGAGGAUGAGAAGGCACAGAAGCGCAAGUUGCAAGCCUUCCAAGAUGGGCAGCAGCGCCAAGCUCAGCUCGUGCAGAAGAUGCAGAACAAGAUGUUACAGUACAAGAAAAAAUGUGGGGAACUGGAGCAGCAACUGCUGGAUAAAACAUCUGAGUGUGAGCAUCAGAAACAGAUGCUACAGUUGAAGUUAGACUCAGAGCCACGUUUACGCCACUUUGAGCACGAUCACAUUACAGAGCUAGAAAGUGCACUUAUCCAAUUAGAAGAAGAACAACAGAAGAGCACCAGCCUUUCACACAUGAAUACUGUACUUCGGGAACAGAUGGAACAGAUGAAAUCCUCAAAACAGAGACUUGCAAAUGAAUUAGAGAGGGCAGUUACAGAAGUGCAGAAGUUGAGGUGUGAACUGGAACAGAAGGACUCCCAGUGGCACAAGGGCAGGGAGAGCUACAGUUCAUAUUUAAGCCAUGAGCACAGUGGGAUCCUUCUGCUUUGGCGUCAAGCUGCCACACUCCGCAGCAACUUUGCAGAGCUUCGCACAACAGUGGAGAGGGGUCUUGCUGAGGCAGGAACUGACAUGGCAAGAACUUCCCGCCGCCUCCAGACAGCCUGUCUCAAUUUGGAUUCCAAUCUGCGCCUCUCUGAGAGCAGCUCUGUCUCUCUACUUGAGAAACAGCUUCGGGAGAAAGUUCGUGAGAUGGUCCAGCUGCAGAGCCGUUGGGAUGGAGAAAAGACUGAACUAAACUCGAGGAUUAAAGAGCUGAGUGCUUUAGGAGAUAAUUUUAAGGAACAGAACACAAAGAAAGAGAAGACCAUCUCUGAUCUAAAAAUGGACAUUCAGAAAUUGGAGGCCAGCAUGAUUGGAGACCAAGAAGAAGUGAAGGAUCUGAAAGAAGAAAUUGAAUAUUUACAACAUACCUUGAACAGCAUCACAAAGUUGGUUCUCUUAGAAUCAAAGGGGACAGGAUUAGUCCCCAUGGAAAGCACCCAAGCUGCAUCUGAGGAAGACAUCCUAUGGCUCGCUUCUCCCCUACGUUCUAACUCCCCUCGCCGCCGCCGAAGUUCACCAUCUCGGGCACAUUCACCAUCACAUCAGAACAGAGCACUGCAAAGUGUGCAGGCUGCUUUUCAGAGAUCACAGCAGCGGGAACAGGAGUUGCAUAUGCAGCUGGAGUCUUGCCGGGAUGCUCUGGGAUCUGUCAAGAAGCAGCUCUCUGAAUGCCAGCAGGAAACAAAAGCCACAAAACAGCAGCUGCAGGAACAGAGUCAGGAACGUGAAUUGCUGACCAGGACAGUGGAAGAUUGCAGACAGGAGCUGCAACGCUGGAAAACCUCAAUGGAAGUUCUAGGAAGAGAGAAGGAGGCCUUGGAGAUGGAGAUGGAAAGCAUGAUGCAGCAGCUUGAUUCCUCUCAUCUGGACGUGGAGCGGCUAAAAACUGUGAAUGGAGAGCUGCAGAAGCAGCGAAAAGCCCUGGAGGAGCAGAAGGAAGAUGUAAUUAAAGAAUGGGAGAGAACAAGGAAGCAGCUUGAGAGAGGACAAAGGCAUGUGGAGCAGCUAGAAGAAAGGAUGUCAUCCCUGAAGAAGGAGCUGGUAACUGUCAAGGAAUCUCUGAACCAGUCCAUGCUAGAGAAGGAUGUGCUGGAGAGUGCUAAUGAAGGCUUGAGGAGAGCGCUUUCCAAAACUGAAGCCACCAAUGCUGAGCUGGAGCUCUCCAUACACAAGAUGAAAUCAGAAGAUGCUGAGCUGAGGGAUUCACUGGCCACGAUGGGAGCUCUGAAUGAAGGCCUGGCUCAUGACAAAGUGAACCUCAAUCACAUAAUCCUACAGCUUGAAGAGGAAAAGAGCAGGCUGCUAGGCAAGAAGCGGGAGCUGGAACAAGAGCAAACUGUUUGGCGUGAGCAGCUUUCACAUUCGGAGCAGGAGCUGCUGCGCAUAAGGGCAGAGAAGCAAGGGCUAGAGCAAAGCUGCCAGACCUCAGAAGCGAAGCAGGAGAGACUGGAAGAAGAAAUAGCCUUGCUGCGCAGGGAAAGGGUCCAGUUACAGGACCAAAUAAUGCAGCUGAACAGCCAAAAGCAAACUAUCGGUGAACAGUUAACCCAAAGUCAUCGAGAGAUGGAGAUGCAAGCAGAGUCUUUACUCCGUGUGCUACAGGAGAAAGAAGAGAUGGCUAAAGAAAAGGCCCAGCUGGGUGUGGAGCUCACUUCUCUGGAGAGACACAGGAAAUUAUUGUCCGAGGAGGCAGAUAAUCUCAGAGUUGAGAAGGAAUCCCUGGAAACCUCCCUUUUUGAGGCACAAGAACUGGCAGCACAGCUGGAGGCUCGCAAGGAACAACUAGAAGGAGAGAAUCGAGGCAUUGACCUUUCCAGGAAGGCCCUCCAAGUGGAAUUGGGAAAGGUUCAGCAUGAGCUUGAGCUCCAGGAAACCACAUUAAGGAGAGAGAAAGAGAUGUUGAAGCAGGAGCUAACUCAAAUGGAACAAGACUACCAGUUGACCAUCAAGAAGCAGAAGCUAGGUUUUGAAGAGGACCUUGAACUCCUGAGAAAGGAAAAGGAGACCCUGCGUGUGACACUGACUGAGGAGAAGGAAGAGGCUAUGCAUCAUCUCGAGCAAGAAAAGGAAGAACUCAUAUCCAAAUGUGAAGUUGAGAAGAGAGAACUCAUGGAGGAAAUUCUCACUUUACAGCAAAGCAAGGAUGAAAGCCUUCUUCUAUUAGAGACUGAAAAACAGAAGGCUAUAUCCCAGAAGGAAGCAGAAAAGAAUCUCCUUUUAGAAAAGGUCAGUGAGUUGCAGCAAGAACUCUUAGCUUCCAGGUCAGAAGUGGAUCGGGUAAAACUGGAAGCUCAGAGCCGCCAAGAGCAUGAUAAGAACAUAGUUUCCAGCAUCACCAGUGAGUUACGCACCUUCCAGUCACAGUUUGAAGAUGCAAUGGCAGCCCACCAGAAGGAGGUCAAGCGUUUGAAUGAACAUGUAAAGGAACUGGCGAGAGAGAAGGAACAUGUCGUGAAAGAGGCAGAACAGCUAAAAGCACAGCUGCGGCUUGCAGAAGACACUCACUCAGGACUUCGUAAGGAACUAGGUGAACUCCAACACAGACUCCAGGAAACUGAAGAAAUCCGGGCUCACCAACAAAAGGAGCUACAGGAAAUUCACAGGGCUGUGGCAGAUGAAAGCAGAGAAAAAGAAGCACUACAGAAGUCCAACACUGAUCUUAGAGCAGCGAUCAAGAAAGCAGAAAAUGAAAGGCUCAGUUUGCAGAGGACCAAGGAGGAAAAGGAGCAAAAGAUUGCUGUUCUGGAGGAAGCAAAAGCGGCGAUUGCAAGUGAGGUAGGAGAGCUCCGGGCAAAUCUGCGGGAAGUGGACAAGUCUCGCAUGGAAGCUAGAAGAGAGUUACAGGAGCUGCGCAGACAGUUAAAGGCCCUGGACAGCGAAAUCAGCAAGAAAACCCAAGAAACCAGUGAACUAAAGCAUCGAUUGCUCCAGGAACAAGAACAACAACAGGAAUACAGCAAAGAGACUCUGGAACUGGAGCAGAAGAUAACAGGACUGGAGAUUGCCCAUGAUUCUGCUAAUAAAGAGGUUCUGAACUUGCAGAAAAAACUGUCUGCCACAGAGGCAGAGGCUCGGCUGCAAAGACAGGAUUUCACACAGAAUCUUGCUGAGAGCCAUGGAAGGGAGAAGAAGCUGAAGGUAGAUCUCCAUAACCUGGAGAUGAAGCUGCAGGAAUCCAACAGGACAAGCGAGAACCUCCAGAUGUGCCUCAGCACUUUUGAGGGACGCAGCCGUGGCUUAGAAAUAGAGUUAGCCAAAGCUGAGGCAGCUAAGAGGGAGGUUGAGCAGAAGUUGGUGGCACUGCAUUCAGCCCUACGCCGCACACUGGGACUUGGCAGCCAGAGUCCAUCGCCACAAAGAUCUUGUUCUCCAGUCAAAGGGAUCAGUGGCCGACAAACGCCUGCAUCCCGCACCGGGUCUCCUGAGAGGAGCCGCUCACGUUCUCCAUUUCACCAAAUGUCUCCUCUCAGAGGUGAACAAGCCACAAGUGAAAUCGACCCAGAAGCAGUUCGAGAUGCUUUGAAGGAUUUCCUUCAGGAGUUACGGGACACUCAAAGGGAGAGGGACGAUCUCAGAAUUCAAGUGAUGAACAUGAGCCAUCAGCUAAAUGAAAUGGAGUCUGACCAUGACCGGACAAAGAGUCGCAUUGUGCAACUCCAGAAGUUCUUGACAGAUUGUGAAGAAGGCAAACGGGGAGCAGAUGGGCGUCUGACCAAUGCUCAGGCUGCCUUGAUGCUGCAUGAGGAGACAAUUCGGAAAGCAGAGCGGGAGCGGCAGGCCUUCUUAGAGAAGGUGGCCACAUUGGAGCGCAACUUGCAUAUUUGCCAAGAGAAGAACAAAGAGCUGCAGGAUAAAAUCAAUAAAUUGAAAGCCAAUGAAGCCAAGCUAGGGACAGAGAAGUGGAAGCUGAAAGAAGUUCUGGAGGCAGCAGAGGGUCGGGCCACCAAACUGGAGCUGAGCCGGAGGGCUUUGGAAGGAGAGCUGCAACGGGCCCAGCUCAACCUGACCGAGAGAGAUACAGAGAUCCACUGUCUUCAGGAGCAGAUCAAAGUUCUUCACUGCCAGCUGGGAGAUGCAGAGAGAAAAACAGCUCUGCUGCAGCAGGAGCUCGACCGCCUGAUGCACUCACUGGCUAGGACAGAGGGCACAGAAGACCACCUAAAAGACCGAGUGCAGAGCUUGUCUCAAGCACUGUCUGAGGCUACUGCAGGCUCCUCCUCUCUGCAAGAGAAUAUCUCCCAACUCCAGAAGGCGCUGACUACUGCAGAGCAAGACCGCCGGCUGCUCCAGGAUCACUUGGACUCCUUGCGGCAGGCGUUGUCAGAUACCAAGAAGCAGAACCAUAGCUUGACUGACACAGUUCAUUUGCUGCAAGAUCAACUAAGUGAGAUGGAGUUACAUUGCAGAAACCUUGAGGAGCAGGUGGAACAUCGCAGAGAAGCAGAUCAUGAAAAAUUCAUGAAAGAGGGUGAUACAUUCAAACUGAGUCAGAUGCGGGGGCAGCUAAGCCAAUCCCUGAGCAGCUUGCAGCAGGAAAUGAAGGACACGCUCAGGCAAAAUGAAAACCUGCAGGCCCAGAUUGCAAAUAUGGAAGAAACCCAUGCCCAACGACUGGCAGAGCUAAGGUCCCGGCAUCAGCUUGACAUGGAGCUGGAAGUAGAGAGGCUGCGUAGCGCUCAGCUCCAAGCAGAACGGAUGCUGGAGUCCCGCGAGAGAACCCAUCGGCAGAGAGUGAAAGGCUUGGAGGAACAGGUGAAUGCUCUGAAGGCCCAACUGGAUCAAGAAGUGAGGAGAAGGCAGGCAUACCUGAGCCAGAUGUUUCACACUGUGAAAUGAUUCAAAACCAGAUACUGUGCUCUGGUUUGGGAUGAUCCAGCACAGAUACACCAGAUGGAUCCUUUCCAGCUCAGGAACUUGAUUUAUUAGCCUUUUGGGUUACAGCACUCAAAGGAAACCAGGGCUCCAGAACUAGCUAUUGUAUCAAGUUAUGAUAUCCCACCCCAUUCAAAUAACACAUAUCCCAAAUACUUGGAAGACACGGUAAAGACAGCAAAUGACUAGGCAGUGUGCUGCCAAGAGGAAACCCUGCUGCGGGGGCAGCUGUUCUCUCUAAAAUGCUUGCAAACCAGGGCAUGGAUGCUUAACUAAUUAAUUUAGCAGAUUUGACAAGGAGGGGAUUCUCAGUUGCUUGCGUCUCUUGUGUAUCCCCGCAUGAUCUCUGUAAAGUCCUACAUCCAGGCUGUACAGACUGUAACAUUCUGCAGACCCGAGAGGAGCACCUCAUAUUGAAAUACCUCUGCAUUUCCGUCACUCACCAAGCUCCUUUAUUUUCCCUCAGGGCAUGUCGAAUACUUUCUGGUGCAUAGUGCAAUAUCAUAGCUAUACCCCUUCAUGUGAUGAGACACAUAAUCAUUAUAGGUGUUCCAUCACUGUCUUUACUAUUAUACACAUCAUAUCCCAUGCCCUCCUAGAAACAAAGGAGGCAGGUAUUUCUUCUGGCAUCAGAACUGCAUUAUGCACUAGGCAGAGAUGUUAGGAAUCAGAAUGUGACCAUGCCCAGGGAUUGAUCAAAAUCCUUUGCUGUGUCUAGGAACAUUGAGCCAUUUUCAUGGUGGCAGGUGGCUGAGAUUAACUCAAAGCCAAGUCAUCUUAUGACUUGCUGGCCCCAAGACAUGUCAGAGUGUUAACAUUCAGCAUUCCACCCACUCUGCCGGCUAACCGGCUCCAAGGAAAUCCCUUUAGGAAUCAAACUUUGGUUUCCUUGGUGAUGACAGGGAACCAUCUUGGAGUUCCUGUGAACAUCACCUGUUAGCAUUGUUCCACAUUUUUUCCUUGUGAAUGUUUGUUUUUCUGAACAUGUACUGCAGAUUAGUCAACAACAUUUCUUAAUGAUACUCAGGAGGAGAAUUUCAACUACAUUAACGUACAAACACUGUACAAAUCUUCAGUUUUUGAUAUGUAGUCCUGAAACUUGUAUGAUGUCUAGUAACAAAAGAAUUUUAUAAACCUUCAAUAAAUGGUGGGGUUUUUUUAGUAUAACCUUGGGUGCUAAGUGAGGCUAAGAUUUGGUGUAUCAGAUGAAGAGUACUCCAGUCCACAAACGUUUUUUGUACAAUAAACCUGUUACUGUUCAACAUG